AUGAAGGGCUUCAGACAGAGGGUUCAUGAGCAGCUUUCGCGCACAAAAGAUCCCAACAAAUCAAAAUCUAAGAAAGGGGAUUCGAAAGAUGGCACAUCAUCACCUUCGCAAUCCAAUUCGCGGGAAGCGGGACAAUCGCCUGCCGUAACACCCUCAUCUUCGAGUACAACACUUAAUGACUUGCGAAAUAAACCACUGCCGCCAAAUGAUGGUACUUCUUCAGCCGGUCCUACUGCGCAGCCACCUUUGAAUACAGCUCUUAAUACAAUGUCUACUCCGGAUCGAUUCAAUACUGGAGGAGGUUCACCCGGUCCUGCGACGCCGAAUCGUCAUGGAGCACUUCCUCCAAGCGUUGUUAUCAGUCCAAGUGCACCACAUAUCCCUCCCCCAGGUGCCGCAGAGACAAUGCCCCACGAUCUUGCCCCUCCCAAGGCCGGUGCGAAGUCGAUGAUGUUCGACCGGUUACAGACAACCCCAAAGGACGUCCCAGAAGGUAUCCGAACACCGAAGCGACAGCACUCUUCGAGAUUUGAUAUUUCCCCCCUCCGCGAAUUAGAAAAACUACCAGGUUUCCACGAGGUACCACCCAAUCGCCGCCAAGAUCUCUUUAUGCAAAAGAUCGACCAAUGUAAUGUCAUUUUUGAUUUCAACGAUGCAAGUGCGGACAUGAAGUCCAAGGAAAUCAAAAGGCUAGCUCUUCAUGAACUUCUCGAUUACGUCGCCAACAACAGACAAGUCAUCACUGAGGCUAUGUACCCAAAAGUGGUUGAAAUGUUUAGCAAGAAUCUCUUCCGCCCCAUACCGCCUCCUAUGAAUCCUCAGGGCGAAGCAUUCGACCCCGAGGAAGACGAACCGGUUCUGGAAGUCGCGUGGCCGCAUAUUCAGGUCGUAUAUGAAUUCUUCUUGAGGUUUAUUGAGAGUCAAGACUUCAAUACCAAUAUUGCAAAGGCAUACAUAGAUCACAGUUUUGUCUUACAGUUACUUGAGCUCUUUGAUUCUGAAGACCCGCGUGAGCGAGACUUCCUAAAGACAACCCUUCAUAGGAUAUAUGGAAAGUUUCUCAACUUACGCUCAUACAUUAGAAGAUCUAUCAACAACGUAUUUUUCCAGUUUGUCUAUGAGACCGAACGUUUCAACGGCAUUGCUGAGCUAUUGGAGAUACUUGGUUCAAUCAUCAAUGGUUUUGCUCUACCACUGAAGGAGGAGCACAAAUUGUUUUUGACAAGAGUUUUAAUACCAUUACAUAAAGUCAAGAGUUUGAGCAUGUAUCAUCCUCAACUCGCCUACUGCAUUGUUCAAUUUUUAGAAAAGGAUGCAGCAUUAACAGAAGAGGUUGUUUUGGGCUUGCUCCGCUAUUGGCCCAAGGUGAACAGCACAAAAGAAGUGAUGUUUCUCAACGAAGUGGAAGAUAUAUUUGAGGUAAUGGACCCAGCGGAAUUUGCUAAAGUUCAGGAGCCUCUUUUCCAUCAACUGGCGAAAUCAGUUGCCAGUCCUCAUUUCCAAGUGGCCGAGCGUGCGUUAUACUUCUGGAACAACGAGUACUUUUGUAAUCUGGUCAGCGACAAUGUUGAGAUUAUCUUACCAAUUAUGUUUGCACCUCUAUACGAGAACUCCAAAGGACAUUGGAAUAGAACGAUCCACGGCAUGGUUUACAAUGCAAUGAAGCUAUUCAUGGAGAUCAAUCCUCAACUUUUUGAUGAUUGCUCCCAUGAUUACACUGAGCAUCAGAACAAUGCCGAGGCCAGAGAACAAGCUCGAGCAAACAAAUGGAAAGCUCUGGCGGAACAAGCAGGAAGGUCAAAGACGAAUGGAGUCGUCUUACCUACCGGGCCAGCUUCUCCAUCGCGAACCAAAGGAACCCCUUUACGAGGAGAUGAUGUAGAUCCAAUGACAGAGGACAAUCAGAAAAGGCUGGAUUCGUUGAAACUUCAAGAUGGAGAUCGUCGAGAGCGGAGACCCACUCACGAUCGACAAAACUCGAGCAAUAUUAUAUCGGGUCUCGAUUUCGGUUUCGAUACAGAUGCAAAACGAUCAGUGAGCGGCGGCUCUACAACGGCGGUCGUCGGACUCGUCUCUUCAUCGAAGGUAGCUCAAAAGGAUUUGGAUGGCGAACCGGAAACUAGUGAUCAUUCUUUUAUCGACGAUCAGGCUAGUCUCCUCUCUUGA